AUGGUUCAGGAGAUCCACCACGGCCUGGUUCAGGAGAUCCACCACGGCCUGGUAGCAUUCUGUUCAGAGCUGAAGAGAAUGGAUGGGGAGGUGGAUGUGUCAGGGCUGAGAUCCCCAGAGCUGAAGCAGCGCCUUGGGCUGGCUCUGGGACUGCUCAGGGACAAGAGACACAGUCUAAAGAGCCUCCGAGAGUCCAUGAGAAACACAGCCGUUCGCAGGAAUGAGCGAUCAGAGGUUCGUCUUCUGGAUAAGAUGAAGCUGAACUGUCAGGUGUUUAAAGAAGAAAUCUCUCUGGUGCACCUCAAUCGACAAGUAGCCCAUCUACAGAAAGCACUUCAGGACAGCCAAGUCAAGGAGAGAUCCCUCCAUUCCCAGUCUCACCAGAGGAAGUGUUCUACCCUAGGCCAACUGGUCACUCCCCAGUGUCCUGCCAUGCUACUGGUUGUCCAGGAGAGCCGUGGGAAAGAUGGGAGCUAUGGAUUCACCUUCCAACUCUCACAGGACAGAGGACUGGUGGUGAUACAGGUGGCCAACUCACAUUCACCCCUCUGUCUGGAGGACAGAUUGGUGGAGGUGAACGGGGUACCAGUGGUGGACCACAGCGAACAGGAGUUGAGCACCCUACUCCUCCUGGGACCCAGUGCUCAGAUAGUGGUUCUGAGGAGACCUCGUCCUACUGGGACCCAGUGCUCAGAUGGUGGUUCUGAGGAGACCUCCUCCUCCUGGGACCCAGUGCUCAGAUAGUGGUUCUGAGGAGACCUUCUCAUCCUGGGACCCAGUGCUCAGAGAGUGGUUCUGAAGAAACCUCCUCCUCCUGGGACCCAGUGCUCAGAGAAGUGGUUCAGAGGAGACCUCCUCCUUCCAUAUUCAGACCUAGAAGACCCCCCUCCUGUUAGUCCCACCUCCAGCUUCUCAUCCUCCCAGCCCCAGAAGAGCCCCUCCUAUUAGUCCCACACCCAGAUCCCAUCUCAGUAGACCCCCUCCCAGCUCUCCUCCUCCCAGUCCCCAUCCCAGUCGAC